AUGUGCAGAGACAUCCCCUCCUCACCAGCCGAGCAGAGCCGCUCAGUAGGAGCUAUAAAGGAAGAGAAGAGGUGUGGGAGGGGAGGGGCGAGGGAGGAAGAACAAAGAGUGCUUGAUAUAGACGCAAGUGCAGGACCAGCUUCCCCCGGAGGAUCACCUUAUCGGGCGGUUGUUUUUAGUGAGUGACACCGUGACACGCCCCCCGGAACCGCCAGUAAGGAAAUCCCCCCCCACCGCCCGACCGACACAGAAAAGCUCCGUUUCCGAUGAUGGCUCCUAUCGCAUCACAAGAUGCGUCUUUCGAGCCGCCACGGGGUCUUGUUCCAUGGCAUCUGCAACGAUUCCGUCCCUGCCUCACCUGGACCCGGGUGAGGUUUCCUUGCUAGAACUUGCAGCCGAUGACCCUCGAGAUGCCGUGUCUCUGUCGGAGAAGGAGGCGUUGAUUUUACAGCUCUACAAUCAGGCCCAGGAACAAGAGCUAGAAAAGGCAUUACUCCAGCAAGAACCGGAAUCACUCUCUGGAAAUGCUGAGGAGCAACUGGCCACCGCGGAGCGUGAACUUCUUGAGUCCAGAGCCACCUACACAGUCAGGAGGAAAGCAGUAGGAACAGUUCUUAUGACAGAUCCGACCCUAAAAGCCGUCCACCUGAAAGCUUCGUCUCCAGCUGAACGCGCUCUUCUCCGUCUGGUCAAUCGCCGCGAUGUGCUUUCCCUGGCUCAUGAGAACCUGAAUGCUGCACAUAACUCAACUUUGAAAACAUUGUCGAAUCUGGAAGUAGAGAAUCUACAGACACACCAGCAAAACCAAGAGCUAGUGCGCCAACUCUUGGAACUAACAAGCCAAGAUUCCUCGUGGCGAGAAAAGCUUGACGACGCGGAUCUCGAGACACAGCUCAAGGAAUUGGAGGCUGACCAGAAGAAAAGCAAAGCCAAAUGGGAAAUCAUGAAGAGCAUUGCAAGCGCUGUCGUCGUUGGCAGCGGCAUGAACUGGGCUGAGGAUGAAACCCUCCGAGCCCUCGUCCUGGAUGAAUCAGAUGAUUGAUUGCAUUAUUCCCGUGUUUUGAUGAGUUAGGCAGUAUGAAUUGGAUAUUUCGCGCAGGGCAUUAGAAUUACAUAUGUAUUUAGGUCGCAUUUACUCCAUCAUUCCAAUAAAAAGAUUUGAUAUGCAUCAAAGC